CUAACGAUGAUAACAUCGCCUGAAAGAAUGAGGCGAUAGGUUGAUGAGCACUGAGAGGGGAGAAAGCAUGACAUGUUGAAUUAGGUUGAUCGGCAGACUCCAGUGACACGGCGGAACAACGGAUUCACAGCGACAGCCCGAUCAGAAAAAGAUCUCACAUCCAUACAGUGACUGACUGACUAUCUUAUUCAACAAUCGGCCAACCUCCAACCUGAACUCACCACUUACACCACACACCACACACCACACACCGCAUCACAAUUCUUUCUAUUAUCGACUGCCUGCCUCAUCGAGAGGCCCGCCAUGUUCUUUUCCCAAGUGCCAGACGAGAUAAUUCAACAUUUGCUCUAUUAUAUCCCCCCAGAAGACAACCUCUCUAAUUUCCAACUUGUCUCACAUCGCCUAAGGCAUCUGGCUAAUGAACCGCUUCUGUGGAAAUAUCAUUGCCGAAGCAAUUUUAGAUUCUGGCAUCCCGAGCACAACCUGCAGCGCUGUCUAAAGGGUAGGGCGUCUGAUACACCGUGGAAGAAAUUAUUCAUCUUGCGGAAGUUCCGCAAUGAACAGCUUAAACGUCUCUUGGGCGAGAUCCUUGUAACCAAAGUUGGCCGCCUAAAGCGAUAUGAAAAAGUUUGCCAACUUGGUUAUGACGCCAAAGAUUUUCUCCUAGAGCAGUGCAAAGCAGACGAGAAUACCGAAGAUGUCUUGGCUCGACGAUAUUACAGUCAAUCCUUGCUGGAUAGUAUCCACAGAUCUAUCGCCAUUGAUGAGUGGUACAACAUUCAACUUGCGACCUCGACUCACAAUGGCCAACCACAGAGCCUCAGCCUUGAGCGCGCUCUUGGGGCAUUCGAUUUAUUCGUUCUGCACGACCAGCCCGGAGAUCUGGACGAUAUUAGCGGUAUUCUUGAUAAUCUGGCGGCCGAGUUUCUCGAGACUCAACCAGACAUUGGUGAAAUGUCAACGCGACAAAAGGCACUGGAAUUAAAUCGAUGGCUGCGAAUGAAUAACCUCACAGGUUUGCGGAAUCCUGAGACAAGCUAUCGAAACCUCAGAAAUUGUCUCAUCGGCCAAGCUCUGCGCCAUGAAGAUCACGACUCGAUUCCUAUCAUCUCGAGCGCCAUCUUUUGCUGUCUCGCUCAGCGUUUGGGCGUCGAAGCACAAUGCUGUGCAUUUCCAACUCAUGUACAUGCUAUAGUGCUUGCAGAAAAAGGAAAGACUCUAGACAGCAACCCUGUUACGGAGGACAAUGCACCUCCAGAGAGGAUGUACUUAGAUCCCUAUGGCUCGAGUGAGGAGAUCCCUCUGGCUGAUUUACAGGCUUUGCUGUCCCGUUUUGGCUGGCAGUCGAGCACCGAUACCUUCUUGUCUCCCGUGAACCCUGUCGCCAUUGCCAUGCGGACAGCGCGCAAUAUCAGAGCCACCGCUGCCAGGGUAAUUGGCGCCCACGAGCAGGCUGACCCCGAACUUACUAGACUCAUCACCGGCAACGAUCCAGCCAAUAUCGAGGCCUCCCUCUACUCCGCACUCUGGGCGUCUCUUCUUCUUACACCGGUCGACUCCUUCGAAUGGGACGAGGUUUUGGAACCUUUCCUUAACCGAUUUGCAAAGAGCUGGCACGUAGAUGCCUGGCUCGUUGAGAAGUACAUAUUCCCUUUGUACGAUCGCUUUGGCCCCUUUCGUGAGAGAUUCAUGAGGAACAAUCCCCGUAGGUGGGAAGAUCCUCAUGAGGUCUUAGAUCUUGUGGAUGAGUUUGAUGACGUUUCACCGCCGGUGUUUCGCAGGGAUAGCGCGAGGACCCAAAAUGUGCUCUACAAGAUUGGGCAGGUCUUUAGACACCGACGAUAUGGCUGGAUCGGUGCUGUUAAUGGGUGGACCGACCAGGGUACGAGGCGUUUGCCCGUGCCACACACCGUGGCUAUUGACGAGACGCUGGACGAUAACAGCGAUACAGAAUUACCUAACCGGGUGCGUCCCCGAAACCAAACAUUUUACACAUGCCUGUAAGUCUUCUAAACAUCUCUAGUUCUCAUUUACAAGCUGACGUACACCUAUAGACGCACAAUAGGCCCUGAGCGGCAUGUUGUUGCAGAAGACAAUAUUGUGUUGAUUCAGGAUCCGAGAGAGGUCCCGGAAUCUUUGUUUCCCCAGGCUGGGAAGUUCUUCAAGAGAUUUGAUGCUGAGACUUGCACCUUUGUGUCCAACCUUACGGAGCAGUACCCGGACGAUUAAAGGGUGUUGAGAAUCAUUUCUUUUAUGUUGGUUAUCACGAUUUUUACUCUUCGAAAUGCAUGCAUGGUGUUCGGCAAGCUUUAUUACGAUGGACGGCGAGUAGUAUCUCCUUAGAGAAGAUCAUGGUUCACGAUACAGGUGGUUUAUGCAGCGAAAAGGUGUGCAGAGUAUUGCUUCAAUAUAAUUGGUUUCAAUAGCAUGAGUAAGCAGACUCUUCAGGUACUACGUAUGUUCUAAGCACUCUAAGCUCUUUGU